UGCUUUAGCAAAUCAACAAGUUUCUGAGUUAACUAUUGAUGAGUCACCAUCAAAGAAGGAUUGUGCCGAAAUUAACGAAGCAAGUAAAAAUCCUUUGAAUAUUGUCGAGGGUCGUGAAGAGAAGAAUGACGAUGAUAAGGAAAAAAUCGAAGAAGGAUUUGAAAAAAAUUUAGCGAAAGAAAUUAUAAAAGAUGGUCAAAAUGGAGCUCAAGCAACUAUUACAACUGAAAUUAUUCGAAGCAAAGUAACUGAACAGGAUGAUGUUAUGGUAGUAGAAAAGCAAGAAGAAAAAGCAGCAACAAAUAUUGUUAAAGAAGAUCCAUCAACCGACGCAUUUUCAGCAACAACAACGACAACUGCUUCUCGUGAUUUGAGUUCAAGUAUCUGGAUUAGAAACAUCACUAACACAACGAAAGCUGUUGAACUUAAAGCGCUUUUCUCAAAGCAUGGUAAGGUAGUGACAGCAAAGAUUUUCACCACAAAAAACAAGCAAAGCCCAACAUGUUUCGGGUUUGUUGUAUUAUCUGAUGCUUCUUCUGCUGAUUUAUGCGUUCAAAAACUGAAUAGAAUGAACUUCAAAGGACGCAUAAUAAAUGUUGAGAAGGUUAACUAUAAACGUAAAAAAAUAUAA